UAAACAAAGUACACGUGCUGAUUCUGUCGCAUCCUGCAUUUUUAACUAUUAAAUUUAAACUUGGUUUAAUCUUCUAACUACGGCUAGUUUUAAAUGGAAUUCUAGUGAUAUUUGUAUUCUAGUGAUAUAUGUAUCGUCAAUAAUCGCUUCCAUGAUAAUUAAAAGAGGUUUUAGCAAUAAAGUUUAUUGAAAAUACAAACAAACUAAGUGCCAUUCUGGUAUUGGACUAUUCAGAGUUGGUUGAACAAGCGAAGGUUGUAACGUGUGAUCACAAACGAGAAACCAAAAACCGGUUUCUUAACUUAAUUGUCUCCACUUGGUUGCCUAGUGUAAUCAGCACUUAAGCUUUUCCUCCUGUGCGACCGGCGAACUUCGGCUUGAAGGCUGGCUUAAACUGUCUGCUAAACUUUAAGACUGAAAUUCUUGGUUUUUGUAGUGUGAAUUUUGAAUUCAAUUUCAAAGAAAAUGACCCAAGGAGUUGCUGUUGUGACUGGGAGCAAUAAAGGUAUAGGAAAGGCUAUUGUACGAGCUUUGUGUUCUAAAUUUGGUGGUGAUGUUAUUCUCACUGCUCGUGAUGAAUCCAGAGGCUUGGCAGCUGUAAAAGAUCUUGAAAAAGAGGGUCUGCAUCCCAAAUUUCAUAUUCUAGACAUCACAAAGAAGGAAACAAUCAAAGCACUAGCCUCAUAUUUAAAGGAUCAUUAUGGUGGUUUAGAUGUUCUAGUAAACAAUGCAGCUAUUGCAUAUAAGAAAGAUGAUGCAGCUCCAUUUUCUGAACAAGCUAUUAACACAAUUAGGAUUAAUUACUUUGCUACUUUGGAUGUUUGCCAUGAACUUUUUCCUCUACUGCGAAAACAUGCUAGGGUUGUAAAUGUGAGCAGUUCUAUUGGUCAGCUACAUCGUAUACCGGGAAAAGAAUUGCAACAAAGAUUUUUGUCUGAAUCUUUAACUGAAGAAGAACUUAACAAAUUAAUGAAUGAGUUUGUUGAAGCUGCUAAAGCUGGGGAAAAUGUUCAGAAAGGUUGGGGUGAAUCUGCAUAUGUAGUAUCUAAAAAUGGUGUGAAUGCUCUUACAUUUAUACAGCAUCGCAAAUUCAGUCAGGAUCCUGAUAUGGAUAUUGUAAUUAAUACUGUUCAUCCUGGGUAUGUUGAUACAGAUAUGACUUAUCACAAAGGUGAUUUAACGCCCGAUCAAGGUGCUGAAUCUUCUGUAUAUUGUGCUCUAUUACCACCUGGUGUGGAAUCUCCUCGAGGAGAGUUUAUCUUUGAAGACAAAAAAAUUAAUCCAUGGUUUCCUAAGUAAGAUAAAAUUGAAAGCAUAAGAUGGAAAAUUUGAUUGACUGGAUAACAAAGUUGAAAAUCGAUGUCCAGAAAAUCUCGUAUCAUAUUCAGAAUUAUAUGUUUCCUUCAAACCAAAUGAAAUCAUAAUUAUGCAUUUGUACUUAAUUAUUUUUAUAUUUUUAAUAAAUGAGUUUGCAAUAA